AGCAUGACUACAGUCAUUGUCAUCCUGGCUGCAGUGAUCGCCCUGAUCAUUGGUUUUGGUGUCUCAGGAGAACACUCCAUCAGUGUGACGGCGCUGACGUCUCCAGGGAACAUCGGCCAGCGCAGCAUCCUGGGCUGCACUUUCGAGCCCGACAUCCGGAUGGACAGCAUAGCAAUCCAGUGGGCCAAGGAGGGCGUAGCUGGGCUGGUUCAUGAGUUCAGGGGUGGGAAGGACCACCUGCAGGAGCAGGAUCCAUCAUUUCAGGGCCGCACGGCCGUGUUUGCGGAGCAGGUGAUCGGCGGGAAUGCUUCCCUAGAGCUGAGGGAUGUGCAGCUCUCCGAUGCUGGCACCUACCAGUGCUCUGUCACCACAGCCAGAGGGAGCGGAGCAGCGGAGCUGCGGUACAGGACAGGAGCCUUCAGCAUCCCCGUGGUGCAGGUGCAGAACAGCAGCCGUGGGGACACGCUGCAGUGCGAAGCCCCGCGCUGGUUCCCUCGCCCUGCCGUGCGCUGGACGGCCUGCGGUGACACUGGGGAGCACCUGCCCCACGCUGCCAACACCAGCUACCAGCUGAACCCUGAAAACAUCACUGUGAAGGUGGUUUCCCUCCUGCACAACACCACUGCUAAUGCCACCUACACCUGCGUGAUUGAAAACAGCAUUGCCAAGGCUGUGGUCAACGUGAGAGUGACAGAUUUCAGCUUUACAAAGGUGAGCAACUUCCAGCUGGUGAACCUGAAUGCAGAGUCAGUGUCAUCCUCCUUUCCAGCCUGUCACUGGAUGCUUCUGCUUCCCGUGUACCUGCUGUCAGUAUAAAGCCUCUGUAAAG